AUGACGAAAACGAGGAAGAGGCGCAUUUCAGCGUCGAAAAAGACAAAGUCGCGGACGAAGACGAAACGAUCGAAAAAGUCGAAUGAAAAUGAUGAUGUCAACAAGGACUAUUCGACGCUUUUCAACUCACCGACGCUGGGUGGAAAUGAUGUCGAAGCUAAAUUACGUGACCGUAUCCUCAAAAAGAAAGCCCAAUCGGAGCUUGAAUCAGAAGCAGUGAAAUCAAGCACGUCCGACGAUCCAUCUGACACUUCCGCGAAAUCAAGCUCUGCCAAAUCCUCAUCAAUCGCUUCGUCUGGCAAGAAGGGCGCUUCAAAUUCCUUCGAUCGCAGGGCCUCUCUUGCUACUUCCAAUCAUAACCCGUCGUCGGAUGGAGAUGAUGAAAAUUCAGAGAAAAACUCGGCCUCUUCUGGAUCACUUGCUUCAAAUCGAAGUCAGCUGUCGUCGAAAAACUCGCGCAUGAGUGAUGAAGAACCAGGCCUCGAUCCAGAAGAGGCAGCGGCAUACGACGACAUCGAGAAUCAACUGAUCGCCGAUCAGAGCAAAGAAAUUGAGUAUCUCAACGGAAUCGACGAACCGAUCAACAAGGCGGACUUACCUGUUUUAGUCAAGGAAGAAAAUACUAACGGGCCUUAUAUGAACGAGCCGAUGAAAUUACGAAUAUCCCGAUUGAAACGGACCAAAAUCUGGGUGCGCGCUUUAACAAGUCCUGACGAGCCCGUCAUCAAUGACGAGGUGGAUCUUGCAAUAGCCGCGGCGAAAGAGGCUAAAGAAGCCGAGAAAAAGGCCGCGACAAUUUCUGAAGACGAAGUUGGCGUCGCCAUUUUCGACAGUCCAUCUCAGGAUUUUGCGAAAAAGACGCUCGACAUGGAGAACAAGCUCAAAAACGCAAUUCUUGAGCGGCUGAAGAAAAAGAUAUAG